AAGUGAGGAUAAGGUGGAGGCAGAGGGGGAGGAGGAGGAGGAAGUCGUGGCGACGGUGGCGAGAGCACUAGGGGCUCGUUCUCCACCACCUCGUCGUCGCCAGCGUCGUUGGGAUGCUGGUUGUCGAAGCGAGCGGUAAAGCAGCGAUGGAUCGUCGCGCCUCGUCUACGGGAAAGAGCCCGCGUUGGGCCUGCACAGCGAGACGUUGAGCCGAGAUCGAGGAGAUUGGAACGAGGGGGAAAGAGCUGGAGCUGGGACCGUGGAGCCGGCGGCUGCCGCGAGGUGAACCUCCUUUGGAGCUGGUGGAGGAGCAGCUUGCUUUUUUAAGUCAGAGACGGGAACAUGAGAGGUGGCUGGACACUCAUGGCGGCGAUCGCCCUGGCUGCGUCGGGGCUGGUAAGUGGCGGUUUUCACGAGAAGAAGCUGCUGAACGACCUCCUGGAUUCCUACAACGUGCUGGAGCGUCCCGUACAAAAUGAGUCUGAACCCCUUCAGCUGAGCUUCGGCCUCACGCUCAUGCAAAUUAUCGAUGUCGAUGAAAAAAAUCAGCUCCUAAUUACGAAUCUGUGGUUGAAACUGGAAUGGAAUGACGUUAAUAUGAUGUGGGACCCUUCCAAGUAUGGCAAUGUUCGAGAUUUAAGGAUACCGCCACAUAGACUCUGGAAGCCCGAUGUCCUCAUGUACAAUAGUGCCGAUGAAGGUUUCGACGGUACGUAUCCAACAAACGUUGUGGUUAAAGAAAACGGAACCUGUCUAUAUGUACCUCCAGGUAUAUUCAAGAGCACCUGUAAAAUUGACAUUACUUGGUUUCCAUUCGACGAUCAACGUUGCGAAAUGAAAUUUGGCUCUUGGACAUAUGACGGAUUUCAGUUGGAUCUUCAACUACAGGAUGUCGCUGGAGGUGAUAUUAGUAGCUUUAUAACUAACGGCGAAUGGGAUCUUUUAGGUGUGCCAGGGAAGAGGAACGAAAUUUAUUAUAAUUGUUGCCCGGAGCCGUAUAUUGAUAUUACAUUUGUUGUCAUAAUAAGAAGACGAACACUAUAUUACUUCUUUAAUCUCAUUGUGCCAUGCGUUUUGAUCGCGAGUAUGGCUGUUUUAGGCUUUACAUUGCCACCUGAUUCCGGGGAAAAACUAUCUCUCGGAGUAACAAUUCUUUUGUCUCUUACGGUGUUUCUUAAUAUGGUGGCGGAAACGAUGCCUGCUACUUCGGAUGCUGUGCCACUUUUAGGCACCUAUUUUAAUUGUAUAAUGUUCAUGGUGGCCAGCAGUGUGGUUAGUACAAUUCUUAUAUUGAAUUACCAUCAUCGUAAUUCUGACACCCACGAGAUGGCAGAAUGGGUGAAAGUCGUCUUCCUAGAUUGGCUGCCUUGUAUAUUACGAAUGUCAAGGCCAAGCCAAGAUGAUGAUGAGACUACACAAAAGUCUCAAAAACCUUCUCCAGUAACUGGUACAAGUAAGGCAUACGGCGAUCUGGAGUUGCACCAACGUUCAAGCAAAUCUUUGUUAGCGAAUGUUCUCGACCUCGAGGACAAUGCCCUUGCAUCGCACAACAAUCUGUUGAACAACGUGUACAGCACUCCGGGUCCGCAUCACCACGGACAUGUGCACGUCACGCCUCAUCAUCAUCAUCAACCGCACACGGCCACGACGACGCCCCACCACCAGCACCAGGUGCCGUUGGCCCAUACAUCUUACCCACCUCCGGCACCGACGGCUCACCAGCUCGGGCACACGCCCCACCAUCAUCCUCAUCCGCAGGAUGGGACAGGCGGCGCUCAGGUUGAGACGAUCCUGCAAAGCGCCUGCUUUUGCGCGCGCUACGAGCUUAUUCUUAUCCUCAAGGAAAUCAAGAUAAUCACUGAUCAACUGAAGGACAACGAGGUUCAGACGAAGAUUACCAACGACUGGAAAUUCGCUGCGAUGGUAAUUGACAGAUUGUGCCUAAUCAUUUUUACUCUGUUCACGAUAAUCGCAACCAUCACCGUCCUAUUCACGGCACCACACAUCAUUGUCACGUGAUUUACGAGCCUCUCACAAAAAAAGAGGACGUACAGAGAUUGCAUCACAGUAUUCUGCCAUAAGUACGGCCAUAUUGCCGUUGUUAUUGCUGUUCAAUUAAAAGGGACACAUUGAUGAAUGUCACAUUUGUUAUAUCUAACUCGAUUUGCUUCAAUUUUUCAAAGUACUCUGAAUGUCAGGAGUUACUUUUUAAAAUUAU